CAUUCGUACUGAAUUGUGAAGAAGUACUGAAAAAUUUUCCCAUCCAACCGGCAGUUAGUACAGCUCUACUUACACUGAAAAACGACGAUCCAAACAUCCACCGGCCAUAAAAUGGUCCAUUUCUGCAAAUUGUGCCAGUUGCUGCACAAAAACAUGGACUUCAUCCAGUGCGAUGAGUCCAAUGUUUGGCUUCUGGAAGCUGUAUUUGCCGUAAAGAUAACUCCACUUGAUGGACGUGUCGAACCAAUCUGCCGGAAAUGCAUACGCAAGUAUAACAAAGUCAUGAAGGAUCUAAAAAAAUCGAACGGUGGAUUUCCCGUUUCUCGGCAGACGCUGGCGGAACAUACCAAAAUUGCGAAUGGCGAUGUGGAAUCUCUUGCCAUAAAUUCCGGCGAGCAGCAACAAUUUCAGCAGGCCGCAUUGCAAUCACCGUUACUGCCAUCGCUGACACUGAACCAAGGUAGCCGCUCGUCGGAAUCCCAUCCGUAUUUGAUGGACGACGAAAGUAAGGAACUGAUGUUUACCGGUGCUUCCGAUCCGGUGAAUGGUUGCCAGAAUGGAAGCAAUGGGUUUGCAUUGAACAUUAGCGGUGAUGCGGCAACAGUGUACCGGACGUCGUUGGGUGACACGCAGGAAUCUUCUGACGACGACAGCUCCGAUGGGAAGAGCAGUGUCCCAGAUGAAGACGAUGAAGAAGAUGAUAGUACCGAGGAAUCCAGUGAAGACGACGACGACGAUGAUGAUGACGAUGAGUGCUGCACUGAUGAUACUGACGAUACGAGUUCGAGUUGUACCAGCAGCAGUAGUAGCGGAGGUAGUUCCUCCGAAACCGGUGCCAGCCUCCGGUUGGAAGAACAUAUCGAACCAAACGCGCAGGAGUCUACAGUGCUUUAUAGUUCAUAUUUGCAGGCACCGUUGAUGCAAAAUCUUCCGGAAGGAAGUCUGCUGCAGUGUAACGGUGAUGGGCUUGUUGUCGAAGACCAAAUACCGCCGGAUAAGACAGGUGAUGAUUUAGAACCGUUGCAGCUCGAAGAACCACUAGCGCAAAUAGAGAACGACGUUGACAAGAACGGAGACAAACCUGAAGAAGCGAUUAGUGAAGAAAACUCCAAAAAGUCUCGGAAACGUAAAAAACGACCUAGUGGGGCGGCAGUUCAGACAAAAAACUACAUAUGCAAUGUGUGCCAAAAGCGUUUUUCCAAGGCAAUUUAUCUGAAGGUGCACUAUCGGACGCACACCGGAGAAAAGCCGUACGCGUGUGAUAUCUGUUUCAAAAGUUUUACCCAAGCGUCCAGCUUGAACACGCACAAACGUUUGCAUUUCAACGUGAAACCGUUCGUUUGUGAGAUUUGUAACCAACAGUAUACGAGCGCAGGGAACUACAAGGUGCAUCUGCGAACGCACACGCAGGAAAAACCGUACGCCUGUAGCUACUGCGACAAACGGUUCAGCCAGCAUUCGAGCAAGAAAAUGCACGAACGGGUGCACAGUCAGGAAAAGCCGUACCCGUGCCAGGUGUGUCUCAAGGCGUUCAGCAACGUGAGCAAUCUAACGGUGCAUAUGCGCAUCCACCAGGGUCUUAAGCCAUACAAGUGUGAUAAAUGCGAUAAGAGCUUUGCCCAGUCGCAGACCCUAAAGACGCACUACAUCUCAGCACACACCGACGUCCGGCCCUUUCAGUGUGACCUGUGCCCAAAAUCGUAUGCGACACUAUCGAAUUUAAACAACCACAAACACACGCACAUGGAGGAGAAACCGUUCGGUUGCGAAGAGUGCGGAAAGCGGUUCACACAAAAGUCCUCGUUGAAGACGCAUAUCCUUUCGCAUAGCACAGAACGUCCAUUCCCCUGUACCGAAUGUACCAAGUCGUUCAACUCGCAGGCCAUGUUGAAUACGCACCGCCGUAACAUGCACUGUACAGUGCGUCCGUUCCAGUGUACCCAGUGCACUAAAUCGUACGCACAGGAGACGCGGUUACGACAGCAUAUGCUGAGCCAUGCAGAGAUAAAACCGCAUCCGUGUGUAGAGUGUGGCAAAACGUUCGCGACUGCAACGAACCUACGCAUACACCAACGGGUGCAUUCGGGCGAAAAGCCCUAUUCUUGUCCAACGUGCGGGAAAUGUUUCUCGCAGAGAUCAUCACUCCGAACACAUGAAAUUCUUCAUUUGCCCGUUGAAAUGGGCCCCGAUUCGGCGGCCUCCAGUGGAGGUGCUGUUCCGGGCGGGGGGAAGAAAAAGCGCAAGUCAAAAAACCUCGAAUGUGAUCAAUGCGGAAAGCAGUUUACGGUGCGGGGACGGUAUUACAACCACAUGAAACAGGUGCACCAAAAGGACGUCCAGGGGGAAGAUGGGCAGGAUUUAGGAAAUUUAAAUCACCACAACGACGACAACGAGACAAACAAUCAAUGUGUAAAAGGGGACGAGGCCAUGGGAGAAAAUGAACACGAUCUGGAUAGAAAGCAUACAAUUAGUAAGGAAACUAUUGAUGGUAUUCUUAUAGCUUCCGAUUCCGCUGUUUCAUAUGGCAUCGAUAUGCCCGAGGGAGGAGGUUCUCAUGAACAUACCCAAGAUACAGACGACGACGAGGAAGACGAUGACGAUGACGAUGAAGAUGAAGAAGAAGAUGAGGAGGAAGCUGAUGAAGAAGAAGAGGAUGAAGAUGAAGAAGGUGAUGAUUUGUUGGACAAUUCUAGUGUGCCCUUGCAGGAACAGUUCCAUUAUGGACAGUUAAUGUCCGAACAAAAUUAAAUUCAGGUCUAUUAUCAUCCUUGGUCUUUAAUUCCUACUUUCCCUUGGUAUGCAAAAACAGCCUAGAAAUAGUGCAGUUCGAUCAUUAGCACAGCGUGACAAAAAACUAGACCCAGAUCUCUUAGCAUUCGGUAAGCUCGUUAAGUUAUAAUUUUAGGUUAAAAAGAAGUAUGAUCAAGUGCAAAUUUAGUCCUCCAUAAUUACAUCCCCUGGAUAGGGAAUCCUCAUUUUAAUUUGUUUUAUGCCUCCUAGUUGUUAAGCAAAAUGUGCAAUGUUUGCCCUUUGUACGCAUUAGGUUUAAAAUGAAACCUGCAACGAGCGGUGGAAAGGACUAUUUUAUAUUGUUUCCGGUAUUUUAUGAAGCUUACUGCUCGAAUCCCAACGUGUAACUAAGUGUAUUUAUUAUGAAUAAUUUUAUUAUUUUUCAUGAGAUGAUGUUAUAGCAACAAACACGUAUUCCAAACAACUAACCCAAAAAACUAAUUGUGUGUUGUACUGUCACUUGAAGAAAGAAUGGAUCUAGAGAGAAAAAAAUAAAUGGAGUUUAGAGAGUUAUUAAAAUAUU